CGACAAGAUUCAAGGGUUUUUGCACCGUGCAAGUCUCGCCCCCUUCUCUACCAGGAUCACGAAGUCCAGAGCCACGCACACGGUUCAUCUCAAGGAAUACGCUCCUCUUAGAGCCGGAGGACACAGUGCCUCGUGCUCAACAGCAGGUGGCCACAAUCACAUGCAGCCAGGGUGCCACUAUGAAGCAUCCUUCAGCAGAGUCCGGGCAGCAUGCAUCUAAGUUGUCAAGUUCGGAACGCUGCGCUGUAGUAGUGUAGAACGAAGACGGAAUCCACUGAAGUAUUGUGAAAUCACUGGAAAUGGAGUUGGGUCGGAUUUUCGAGGCAGCUCGGCAACCUGCCAACAUCACCAGAUUAUCAAUUUCCACCAUGGGCCAUCAGGAGAUUUCAGCAACACACCAAGUCAAACCCAUUCUGUUGAGUUUCGGUUCCUGGUCGGUGAUUCAAGCUUUCAACUAUCUUUUCCUGGCCAUCUUUGGCGUAUGCAUUUGCACCUACAUCUUCACAACAUGCCGCUUUCACCUAAGCAGCAAGAAAAACCGCCAAUUUCGAGGAAAUGAGCCGCCUACUUUGGCAUAUUGGUUGCCAUGGGUUGGUAACGGCAUCCAGAUGAUCAGAGAUCCUCAUAAAUUCUACGAAGAAACACUUGCCAAAAGACCAACAAAGGGACCAGUAACUAUGCGCUUAGGCCCAAUCUCCAUGUAUCUAGUCAUGGGAGCCUCGAACAUCCAGGCAAUAUUCCGACAGUCAAGCAGCCUUUCGUUCGAGUUCAUGCAACUGCGCAUCGCACACAAGGUCAAAGGUCUUCCAGCGAGCGAUGCCGCGCUCCUGGGGAUGGACGACUCAGGGGCUGGCACCCUCAACCAGUCUGAGACUGGAAUCGCAGGAAAAGGACGCAUCUGGCAUAUACUCCAUGGGAUUUACCUCAAGAACCUUACAGAAAAGUCUGCCGUGGACUUUCUGACGGCCAAGUUUGUCUUCGAGUUUUCCGAACAGCUCAAGACUUGUCCAGAGGGGGCUUCGGCCCCAGCCGUUGUCGGUUUAUACGACUUCCUCCAGACGUACCAGUUCGCCGCGUCAACAAUCACACUGGUCGGUCCACGGAUCCUCCAAAGGGGCUCGUUGGAAGCCAAGACGUUCUGGAACUACGAUGCUGCCUUCAUGACAUUGAUGCAGGGGCUGCCAAAACUAGUGUGUCGCAAAGGCUGGGCAGCGCGCGACCGCACUCUGGAGGCUACCAAGGGCUGGCUCGCAGCAGCAACUGCUGGUUGUCCUACAGAUAGCGAUGCUGAUUGGGAAGAGAAUUUUGGUCAUCGGCUUGUGCGGGAGAGGAAUGCUGCUCUCGUUGAGUAUGGGAUCAGCUUCGAGGGGCGUGCGGCAAUGCAUAUGGGUCUGAUUUGGGCCAUCAAUGCGAACGCCGUUCCUAUGACUGCCUACAUGUUGUUCGAAAUGGUCCGAGACCCGCAUCUCCUUUCACGAAUACGUGCUGAAGUCAAAACCGCCAUGGUCGUCGGUACGAACAUGGCUUCAGUACUCGAUAUCGAUAUCACAAGGCUGGCGGCUCUUCCACUGCUGAACUCCGUAUACAACGAGUGCCUUCGUCUCCGCUCGAGCAUCCCCAUCUCGCGGCGUCUACGACAGGACAUCGAGAUCGACGGAUACACGCUCAAGAAGGACAACUUCAUCCUAGCACCUAGUUGGCUAUCGCACAUUGAUGAGGCAGUAUGGGCGUUGCCAGGCCACCCAGCACGCGACUUUUGGGCCGAGCGUUUCUUGCAGCCGGAAAUGCGCAAAGUCAAGCUGGGCGACUACUGUCCGUAUGGGGGUGGUAGCGUUAUCUGUCCCGGGCGAUUCUUUGCCAAGCAUGAGAUUCUAGCGGCGGUUGCGAUGAUGGCUACGACAUUCGAUAUGGAGUUUGUGCGCUGGUCGCAUUUGGAUGGGUCACCGGCUGAUAGAGGCCCGGGCAUGGAGGGGGCGGAAUGUCGAGGUGUUGUGAGUCUCGAUAGAGAUGCCAUGGUGAAGAUGAAGAAGCGGAAGCUGGUAUGAGAAGCACGAUGUACUACCUUGCUUGGAAUCCGUUUGGUCGGCUGUCCGAUUUUCAAAUGUGUCCUCCUGAUUUACUCUGAGAUGCUUCCGAAGAAUGAGAGUAAUCUUUUCUGAUGCGGGCAGCUCGAUCGGGAAUGCAUCAUCUGAGUACAUGUCUUCAAGAGCAAGGUAUGAGACGGAAGACUAGACGAUGUGGUCAACGCAGACACAGGGCUUCCCCCUGUUAUCAUAACUUUCAGGUUUCAAUUUCAUCUGGCCAUGUAUCAUCUUCCAUUCAAUUGUGAGAAAACGACACAUCAAACAAA